GUACAAACUGGUUUUAGUGAAACAUCAGGGAAAAGUGGGAGAUCCUCUGCAUGGCAAUAAUUGCUGAUUAACAGGACAUUUUGUCUUGCGGAUCAACUGGCCAGCCAACUUCUACACCUGGACACCGGGUUUCGGCGUGUCUUCCUGUUGGCAGGACACAUGGAACUAGUCCAGAAGCUGCCUGGCGAUCCUGCCGUCCUACUAAAAGUUAGCAGCUUGCUACGGUUUCGAGGGGACUACCUUUGGGCCUGUGGCCAUGGCAAAAGACCCCUUAGCCGAGGCCGGCUUUUAUUUUGACGAGCUCAACAAGCUGCGGGUCCUUGAGCCUGAAGUCAGCCAGAAGACUUCAGAGUUGAAGGAAGAGUGCAAAGAGUUUGUAGACAAAAUCGGCCAGUUUCAGAAGAUUGUUGGUGGCCUAAUCGAGAUGGUCGAUGAACUGGCAAAAGAAGCAGAAACGGAAAAAAUGAAGGCAAUUGGAGCCAGAAACCUUCUGAAGUCGGUAGCCAAACAACGAGAGGCCCAGCAGCAGCAGCUUCAGGCACUAAUAGCGGAGAAGAAAAUGCAGCUCGAGAGGUAUCGUAUUGAGUAUGAAGCCCUGUCCAAGGUGGAAUCUGAGCAGAACGAGUUCAUUGACCAGUUUAUUCUACAGAAGUGACGACGUGUCAGAACAGCAACGUGUCCCGUCUCCAGAGUGCCUGCACAGAGAGACUUCCUCCAGUCCAAACUGCCACAUCUUUUCUGAAGCGUUCAAAACGCUCCAGCUUGGACAGGAAAGCUGCCCACCCCCCGUUUACAGCACUUCUCUCAGACAUGUCUGUGUGGGAAACGGACAGCUGCUGACUGGAACAGCUGCAGCAACCAAGGGAUCUACAGAACCCGAGUCCGGGAAUACCUUCCCAACUUUCAGUUCACACCAAACGGCUCAACACCCAAGACCACUUUAAAGGAGAUGGAGCUAUUUAUACCAAGAAAAAUAUUUAUAAUAAAUAUUAUUUAUACGGAAAUAUUGCUAUAUAUAUCUAGUUUUAUUACCUUUUCUAUCAGCUAAAAUGUAUUCUGUAUUUGCAUGCGUUUGUAAAUAAGUUUAAUUUAAAACAAGCAGAUCGAGAUGCAUUCCAUGGUUCUGGUCAAACAGCCAGUCUUUGUUUCAUAGCUACUAUUUUCUCAAUUCUAAAUCCAAAUGGUUAUACUUGAAUAAUACAAUUCUCCUGGUAAAAUGUUGCAGGUGAGGUAGACAUUUUACACACAGUAUCGUAUUCAAUGUGGUUUAAAUAAAGGUUUUUGAAACUUCCACAAUUUCUCAUGUUGUGCCACCAGUUUACCAAGCCAUUUAAUAAACAAGCCAUUUAAAUGUUCA